AUGCAGCGACCUCGACCAUCGCCACAGGCUCAGGAAGUAGGCAAUCCGCGAUCAGCGUUGGGUAUUUUCUCUAUGGCGGAUAUGCGUUUGUUCCAUCAUUUUCUCAUUACAGCGUACCCGCACCUCCCUGUUGGAGCCGACAAGAUCUGGAUCACAGCGAUUCCUGGCUUUGCACACAGGUAUGAGUAUCUCAUGCACUCGAUCCUAGCGCUAGCCGCGUCGCACUUGGAUGCUGUUACGCAUUCCGGUGUAGCCGAACAGGCCAUACAGCAUAGAAUCUUAGCUAUGAAGUCUCUCAAUGAAGCCCUCUCGGUACCUCCAAAGACCAGUUGCGAACGAGAUGCAAGAAUGGCCGCAGCCCUAGCACUUGCUUUCCAAUCAAGCCACUUACAGGAUGGUAUGGCAGAAUUCCUCACGAUGGUCCGUGGGUGCAAUCUAAUUGGAGGCGACGAGACGUCGUUGAGAGAUGACUCAAUCUUCAGUGUAAAUACACUCGUAUCGAAUGGUUCCGAAGCUCAUACUGACGAUAUAUAG